GGGUCACCAUCAGGACUGAGAGCAGAGCCAGCCUCCAACAGUCGGGCGGCAGGAGCUUGAAGGAGAAAGAAGCAAAAACUGUGGUUUCCAAAGCCACCCCUGGCCUGUUUGCAGUGGCCUUCUUCUCCUUCUCCUUCCCCGAUCUCCUGAUCUUCCCGAAAGAGAACAAGGCUGGAGUGGAGAAGGGCCGAGGUGAACCGCCUGCGUGACCCGUGUCCCGUCCCAAAACGUUGCAGCCCCGUGGCAAGCUGCGCUCUUGGGCCACUGCCUUUGGACACAGGCUAAGGGAAGCCAAGGAGCAGCUCUGAGAACAACCUUCGAAGUGGACAUCAUGGAGAAGAUGCAAUGUCUAGCGGCCUUCCUCCUGGCCACCAGUGCCGCCUUCACCAGGGCAAGCCCAGUGAAUGUCCCGGAGUGCACCCUUGAGCCACUCACCAAGGACCACGGUGUCAAAGUGUUUUACACAACCAGCAGAGUUGCAAAUGGUUGCACCAGCCAAGGUCCCACGGAUCCCAGUCUGGAAGUCCACCUUCUCUUCCUGCGGUUCAGCAGUCCCUCUGAGUUAUUCAGCCUCCAGAUCAACGUGAGCGCAUCAGCAGAGAAAGCCAACCGAAGGUCCAUGUUUGUGGUGAGCUCCAAUGCAUAUGUCCACUUGACGGUCAAUACAGAAGGUUGCCAUCUUACCUUCAUCACUACGACCAGAUGCAUGGUUCAAGGAGCCAACAUUGAAACCCAGCAAACCAACCUGUCUUCCUCCAGUGAGGAGCUUCUGCAACAGACGAAAAAGGACCACGGAGGCAUCUCCUCCUUUGCAGAGUUAGAAAACCCUCGGCAGAUCCAUUUUCAUCUGGAUGGAGAACCCAGCUCCAACCAAGAUUGCGUCCCUGAGAAGAAUUUCAAUGCCGAUCCCUACCUAGAGUUUGAAGUUGCCUCCGACAACGUCAAGGGCUGUCCGUCGUCUAGUGGGAACCCACAGAAAGAAGCUCACAUCGUAUGGCUCCAGCAAGAUCCUCAAGGCUCCAGCCCCCAAUCAGUAGAUCUGAACAUCGAACAGAACUGCGAUGAAGGAGAACCGGAGAACCAGCUGCCCACACUCCUGGUGCUUAAAAGCCACACUGGUGUGACGUGGAACAUUGGACAGAUGUUUGAUUCCUUGAAAUUCUUGGUAUCAGGGAAAUACACGAUGAAGAAAUUUGGGGCUGUGCAAAUGCCAGGUGUAGACUUGCCAGACAGCAAAGAAGGCUUGCUUGCAGAGUCCCGGAGCAAGGAGUUUGCAUUUGUGGCUUCUUAUACGGAAAUCACGUCUGCCAAAAGCAUCACCUUGAAGUUGGAGAGGGUUUGCGGAAGACAGGCAACACCGGUGACAGAGAAACCACAAAUGGAGGGGGUCAGCUUGGAAAGCUUCAUGCAAGGCCUGAUAACAACUUGGAAGCCAUGGAGGUGUUUGGACAGCGGCAUCGAGAUCACCUUGGCAAAGGACUACUUGAGGCAGGCCUUGUUCGAAAAUGUCACCAAAGUCACGGACGUCACGCUACAGGACCGCAGCUGCAAGGCGACGGACAACAACACCCAUUUCAUCCUGAGAAGCAAACUGAGGGAGUGUAGCACUUAUUUGGAGAGGGACGUUGUUGUAAAGAAUCAGCUGGUCUUCAGUCUCCAUUUGCUUCCAGGUGAAAUCAUGGUGCCAUUUGAAUGUGACCUCCCUGAGAAGGUCUUUCUCCAACUAUAUCCCUCGCCAGACUUCGGAUCAGAACCCACCACAGUUGUAGAAGUCAACAAAGCCACCUACGUCCAGGUGCAAUUCCGGACAACGGACCUGAGGGCUCAACUGCAAAUCGAAGACUGUUCUCUCCAAACGGCUGACAAAACAUCCUCCCAGUUGCUGAUCGGCGGUGGGAAACCACUAAGUUAUUCUGCUACGUUCUUGGACUCUCCCAGUUCGACCAUUAGCCGCUUCAGUUUUGUCUACAAGUCUGGAGAAGAGCAAUGGGCAGCGUCUCCGGCGACACUCCUUUGCAAGUUGCAUCUGCACAGCCAGCUACAUGGCGAUCAUUACAAUGAAACCUCUUUAGAAAUGACGUUCAAAACCUCCAGUACUCCAUCCCACAGCCUAGGAAUUGGGACUGUGCUGGGGAUAACCUUUGGCGCCUUCUUGAUCGGAGUCCUGCUCACUGCAGCAUUGUGGUACAUCUACUCACACACCCACAUUCCAGGCCCGAUGGCGAAAAUGCAGCCGGUCGCGGAAAACCCGCCGGCUUCGGAGAGCAGCAGCACCAACCACAGCAUCGGCAGCACACAGAGCACCCCAUGCUCCACCAGCAGCAUGGCAUAGCAGCCCCCGAAGCAAAGGGACCCUAUUGAUGCCACCUUGGGGAGCGCAGACAAGGGGAAGUCUUCCUGCUUGGACUCAGGUGGACUGUUACUGUAAGAGGGUAUUUGAAACACACACAAAAACCCCACACAUUCCCCUACACACUAUGCUCCUAGUUUUCAAAGGAGUGACUGUUUUAGCUGGCACUUUAAAGGCAACUUUGUGGAUAACCAUCUGGAUCUCGAAAGCUUGUUCAUCAUCCAGAUCUCCAAAGAAGCAGAGCAUCCUAUCGUCUUUUUCUUCAUCCAGAUCUGCCGAGAAGCUGAACAUCCUACCAUCUUGUUCAUCAUCCAUUAUCUCCAGAGAAGCAGAACAUGCUACCAAGUUGUUCAUCAUCACCACCAUUGUUUGGAUAGAUUGCCCAUGCCAUGUUCUCUUUGGAGAGUUAGCACAGCUAGUUGUGAGAUUGCAAGCACAACUCUGGACGGUAGUACCCUUCUGGGAAGAUUCGUGUCCUGUGCUUUUCUGAAAUGAAGUUGAACACAUAAACAUCCCCCCCAAAAAUGCAGUACAAGGACAUUUUAGAGGCCAAAAGGAGCAAGCCAUUGCCAAAAAAAGGUGAAACAAAAAACCUUUCAGGGAGAGAGAGAAGGCAGUGCUUUGUCCCACUAGUUGCAAAACCAAAGGAAGGGAGUUUGGACCUUGUCUGUUCCAAAAUACUUAUUACUGUACUUAUAUAAAUAGUUAUACAUAGAAUGUAUUUUGUAUCUUGUGUAUACAGGGGAAUAAUGCUGCGUCUACUCAGUGAUAUGUUUUCUGACAAUCGGAUCUAGGGCAAUAGGAGAUGUGACUUCUGUAACAUGACAAAAUCCUAUGUGUUUGACUCUAUCCAAGCCAUAAAUUCCUGGGUGGUCAUUUGGUCUUGUAGGAAGCAAAACUGUAUGGCGCUUUUGGUGGGAAUCAAUGGGGCAAGAAAGGGAAGAAAGUGUCAUAGACUCAAUUGCAUCACAAAAAUCCACAUCCAACAUAAUUUGAACGCUAAGCCUCCAUUGAUUCAUGGAGUUGUGAAUGGUGGGCUAUGUAUGACUCUGGAGACCAGGGUUUGAAUCCUUGCUCAGCCAUGGAAACCCAAUGGGUGACCCUAGGCAAGUCACACUCUCUCAGCCUUAGAGGAAGGCCAUGGUAAACCUCCAAGAAAACCCAAUGAUAGGCUCACCAUAGUUGACUUGAAGGCACAUAACAUCAACAACACCAACACAAUAGAAGCCAAUGGGCUUAUGGCAGGCAUUCAGUCCCUGGUCUGAGUAGGCUACUUAUUGGGAGAGUAAACAUGAGAUGCCAGUUAUGGUUAAGAAACCAGACCUAUCCAGAGUUCAAAAAUCCCACCUUGUGAAAAUGAUCGUAUGGAUCGGAUCCAAUGAAGCCCAAGAACUUGGCCACCUUUGCUCAAAACAAUGGAAAAACUCCCAUUUCAAGGAUGCGGACCAAGAUGCCCUUCCUUAACCAACCUCAAGAGAUACCUCCCCACCAAUGAGUCACACCUGUUUUGAUCUGUAAAUAUAUAUGUAUUUUUUGUACUGAACCAACUGUAACCUCAGUUAUUGUAUAAAAUAUAUUAUGUGUCAGACUUAA